UUUGCUAGCCAGAUGCUAACAGUAGCAGCAGUGGUCAGUCAGUUAUUAUUAUGAGGUCAGACUGAACCACGGUUUAAAAUCUCCGGAGAAAACCUCGAUCCCAGCAGGACACGGGUUGGGUCACGUGUUCCUGGAGAACGCAGUCAGAGUAAAGUUGUUAUUUCCCUGUCGCUAAGGUUGUUGCUAGCUAGCUAGCUGUGGGGGGGAGCUCUGCGUCCAGCCUGACAGGAGAAGUGUUUCCUGGAGGCAGACUGGAAGGACACAUCUGCAGGUUGUCCCACUGGAUAUAUAACAUGGUGUUCAUGGAGCCAGCGGGAGAGCUCAUCUCCUCCAUCACUUCUUAGCACACUUCCAAGUCCGUGACGUUGGCUAAAAUCAACCAGCUUCAAAACGGCAGCAGCAGAGGAGAACCUGGACUCUUCCAGGUCGACAGCCGGCUCGAAGAUGGAGUUAACCGCGCAGCCUCACACAGAGAGGGAGUUGAAAGAGGGCAAAAUGCAGGAAAAACCGGAUUCUCCGAGCCGCGCCACAAGCAUCCUAGGGAAGGCUCACCCGGCUCUCAAAGCCUUUAUGUGUGGCUCGCUCAGUGGCACCUGCUCAACGCUGCUCUUUCAGCCUUUGGAUCUGGUGAAGACACGUCUCCAGACUCUGCAGAACAAUGCCAAGCCGGGGGCUCCAAAGGUGGGGAUGUUUAGUGUUUCCAUCAAUAUUAUUAGGACGGAGAAUUUCUUCAGUCUGUGGAAGGGGGUUUCACCAUCAUUUGUGCGCUGCAUCCCGGGGGUCGGCAUUUAUUUUAGCACCUUCUACUCCCUGAAGCAGCACUUCUUCUUGGACCACGCACCCAACGCUGGUGAGGCUGUUCUUCUCGGCGCAGGCGCCAGAGCUGUGGCCGGCGUCAGCAUGCUGCCAUUCACUGUCAUCAAGACACGCUUUGAGAGUGGCCGCUACAACUAUGUGAGUGUGGUCAUGGCUCUGAGGACUGUGUAUAAAACCGAGGGAUUCAGGACUCUGUUCUCGGGGCUGACGGCCACGCUGCUCCGAGACGCUCCAUUCUCUGGCAUUUACGUCAUGUUCUACAGCCAGGCCAAGAAGUCGCUGCCGCAAGAGGUUUCAUCGUCGCCCUAUGCUCCGCUGGCGAACUUCAGCUGUGGAGUAGUGGCAGGUGUCAUGGCGUCGCUGGUCACACAGCCUGCAGAUGUGGUGAAGACCCACAUUCAAGUUAGCACAUCUCACUGGAGCACGGCAGAUGCUAUUCGCUACAUCUACAAGGAGCACGGCAUGGCUGGUUUCUUUCGUGGAGCCGUGCCCAGGUCUCUGCGGCGCACUCUGAUGGCUGCUAUGGCUUGGACUGUCUAUGAGCAGUUGAUGGCUCAGAUGGGUCUCAAGUCCUGAAGACCAACGGUACUGAGACCAAAAAAACAAGAUUGAAUAUAAGUGGAUCACUAUUUCUAUUGUCUCUAUGAAGGACAUGUGCAAGAGGAAAAGGUGGCCGAGCUAAAAGGAUUUAAGCAGAGGAACCAGGUGGAUAAAGGUCUGAAAAAAGAGUGCAAGUGCCAUGUGUGUGGGCGUGUAUGUAUGUAUGUAUGUAUGAGUGUCUGUGUGUGUUAUUUAAAUGUGAAAAUGUGCCUGUUGGUGUGUGUACGUUUGUAAUAUUGCAAUAAUACACCUGACACACGCUUACAUCAGUCUUGGACCGAAGUGACACUCCCUGCUGUAAAGUGAACUUAUUCCUCAUCUUACUAUUUAUGCCUGGACACCCUGAGGACCACCCACCACUCGAGAUGCCCUUGGCAGAGGGCCUGUAUUCCUGCUCGACAACAAAGUUGCUUUGGACAAGGUGUUUGAAGAAACUUCCAACACAAACAGGGCAUUCAGCAGUCUGGUGCACGGUGCCUCUGUGGAGGUAACCAAAACAAAGCACUGCAGAGAAAGAGAUGACCUCUUGUUUCUGCCAUAUUUAUGAAACUUAAGAUUUAGCAAUGUUUCUCAUUUGCUAAUAGAUCUUAAUUGACAAGUGGAUUUAAGGGGGAAAUGUGUUUGUUCAAGGCUCAGACAAUCACAAGUUCUAAUACAGUUAGAAUUUGCUAAGCAAAUCUGCAUUGACUUCAACAAUCACAAUAAAGCCUUUUUUUUCUCAAAACUAUGAUAAAUUAAUUUAUAGUCACAAUUAGGGUUGCAAAAUUCCGGGAAUAUUAAAAGUUGGAAACUUUCCAUGGGAAUUAACGGGAAUUAACAUGAAUAAUUCCCGAGUUUAACUUCCCAUGGAAAGUUUCCGGAAAGUUUCUGCCCCUUUGCAACCCUAGUCACAAUCACAUCUGCAGCUGAAAUAUGUUCAUAUAUUCUAUGGUACCCUGUGGAGGUUCUGACCACUAGUAGCGCUGUGGAGCAGCUUUUUAUGAAUUCCAUUUUAUUGUUUGUAUUGUGAAGGAGCAACACUGCACUGAGUCACGCUGCCGUGUUCAAGCUAUUCUUAUAGAAAGUUUGCAGCAGUCCUAUCCAUCUUCAAAUACAGUCUAUGGUUCAAAGCCUGUUCUGUUAAAGUCAGAUUUACACUAUUUUGCUCUUGCAAAAGAAAAGAAGAUGACAACAAAGGUGUUUACAUUUUCACAAGGUUUUACUAAAGAAAUGUUGUGGGAAAUGCAUUAAACAUGUUUGUCAGACAAUUGGUAACAAAAACUGAAAGAAGUAAACUCCAGAGGUCUCCUUCCAUCGAAAAGAGUUUAUUUUUGCUCUUUUAUAAGUUCAAUUAUUUUCUAAAAAUUUCAGAUGUUGAAGUCAGUUACCUCCUGUGCAUAUAUCCGGGACAUUACACUUGCAAGUGAAGCAUUGCUUAAUCCUUUUGCUAAUGGUUUUAUAAAAAUGACACAGUCGUAUCCAUAUAGUGUUGAAGAGACAUGAAUCCUGUCACCUUCUUCCUUCUUUCUGGCUUCUUUCUAAAUAUUUGACUACAAACAGAAUUACUGGUUGUAGAGAACCAAGGCCAUGUUUCUAAUGUUGAUUGUUCGGUGUAUGAUUUCUUUGAUGUUUAUUAGUGUUGAUAUGAACUAAAGAUAGGUUAUAUAUUGCAAAUAUAAAAGUUUAUAGAGACAAUACCAAAUGGUGGAUAUUUCAUUGUGUGAACAAAAUGGAGGCACCCAACAUGGGAACGCACUGUGAUAUAAAAGGUAAACUUGUGAAGGAAAAAAAAAAACAAUAUUGGAAAAGUCUAAUGGCAUUAACAGGCGCAGUAUAUUCAGACUGUAUCGUUGCUUGUCUCAAGAACAGAUGUGAGGCGAUGCAGUUUUUAAUUUAUUUUUAUGUGAAAGUUAAUGCAGUGUGAUAGGACCGUUUUCUUAAUUCCUGUGUAUCUAAUGCUCUACAUGUGCCAUACUUCUCACAUUAAUGUUUUACCUUGUGGAUUAUCCUCAUCAUUGCACCACUCCUCAUUAUCGCCUUUUUCUUGUGACAAUGUCGCACAUGGUUAUUGUGAUUGUAGAUACUUGGAUAUUUGUUUCCUAUGACUGUUUCUGAGCCUGCCUGGAUUCAAUAAAUUUGAACCUUGUUUUUCA